UGAAAGUGCGGAUCAUCGUCGAGAUCAGUUCCGUCGAUGAUAUGCCGCUCUUUUAAUUCAUUUGAAUUAAAUAUUGAAUAUUGUGCACUUUAUUUGGACAGUUUGUAAAGGAGUCACUUUUUGAGAGUUUUUAAAAGUUGGACCGCAAAUAUGGAAGGGAGAAGUUUAAUUGUUGAGGGUUUGCCAGAUGAUUUUGACAAUGUAAAAUCCAAAUUAAAUCUUUAUUUUCUAAAUAAAAGGAAGUCAGGCGCUGUGAUCAUGCAGAUUCAAGAACAUUCUGAAGACAAACGAAAAGCAAUUCUGAUUUAUGUGAAAGAAGAAGAUCUGAAGAAAGUGCUUGACAGGAAGACUCAUAAGAUUGAUUUCAAAACUCAAGGAACUGUUGAAGUGACCGUCAGACGACCAGAAGAAACCAGCAGAAAAAAGACCAAACCAGCAAUACUGCCCAAACCCAAACUGGAGACAAUAGCUUUUCUCAAACAAUCACUGCCUGCUAAUGUCUCUCCAGUAAGAAAACAUACAACAAGUCAAAAAGAUGAUGAAGAGGAUUCUGAAAUAUCUGAUAUUCUAAUUACCAGCCAAAAGUCAAUUGAUAAGGAAACUCUUCAAAUGUAUGUUGAGCAAUUUGCAGGGCACUUCGAGAUGAGAAAACAUGAAAAUAACAGCUGGAUCCUGAAGCUUUACAACCAGUCAGAUUUACAGAAGAUUCUUGCCCAGAAAGAGCAUGAGUUUGGUAUAUCUUUAAAAGUGUAUAAAGAAAGACAUAAGGGACAGGUGGACCCUCGUCGCUUCAUCUUGACUGGAUUUGAUGGAAACACAGAUUGCAAGAAAAUAUCUGUGUUCAUCAGCAGCUGUAGCAAGACAACAGAACAUACAUGGGAGAUACUGGAUGAAGACAGGAUUGUUGUCACCUUCAAACAAGAUAUUGAUGUGAAAUCAUUUAUAAGUAAGUGCACCUCAAAGCCACUGCAGGGUCGAGACAUUGGCAUGACCCGUAUGGAACUGACUGAUUCUGUGCUGGUCCAGGGAGAUUUGAGACAGAUCAGUGAAGACACUCUCAGCCUUUACUUUAGCAUCAAGAAGAGAAGCAGAGGAGCAGAAAUCAAGUCCUUCAUCUGGAUCAACAGACAAAAGAGUGCGGUCAUCACAUUUGAAGACUGUCAUGUUGCGCAUGAAUUGGUGGAACAAAAGCACGAUGUUUGCGGAACAGCGCUUCAGGUUUCACUGUUCUACUCAAGCUUUCAAAAGGUUUUAUCUGGAGAAAAACCAUCUUUGACUGAUACGCCCACAAAAACAAAUAUCCCUGUCAAUGCAGAUCUGCUUCGUUUCAUUGAGAAGAAUGAGAAAUUUAGAAAACAGUUGGAGAAUAAUGUCAAAUUGCUUCAUGCCAAAGUUCUUCUUGACAGUUCUGCACCACCAAGUGCAUUGACACUGGAGAUGGAUGUUGACAAAGACUCGCUGACUGCACUGCGAAUUGGACCCACUUGGGAAACCAAAACAAUGAGGGAAGUCCAAUCCUUUCUGAGCCAGUUUGACACAGUAGAGUUGACUGCUGAGAAAGACGUAUGGGACAGAGUGAAGAAUCACUGCCUCAACACAGAUGAUGCUGCCGUCUCCUUCAGGGGCUUUAAAGCUGUCAUUGUUGGUGUGAAAGAGGAGGUGACUGUCCUUUCUGAGAAGAUGGGGAAGCUGAUGAAGGAUGCUGCUGCUGAGGUGGACAUGGAAAGUAACACUGUUGAUGUGAAAAUUCAGCUGGACUGCAAAGAGAAGUUUGACCUCGUGAAAGAACGUGUACAAUCCAAACUAGGAGAUGUUUCUUUCACACAUGAUGAGAAUCAGCUCAUCUUUCACCUUAGUAGUUUGAAGGAUAAAGUAAGUUCAGCUGAGGUGGUCAUCAAGCGGGCACAGGAGAACAUGAUCAUGCACCAGCUGAAGCUCUCUUCUCAUCUCAUUCAUUUCCUCAAGUCACUGGAUCUUAAUGUGUUUGAGCAAGACUAUUUCUCUCCCACCCACAUUCCAGCUAAAUUUGUCAACCAGAAGGAUUGUGUUGGGAUCUUCGUUGAGAAAGAAAACCUGAAGAGAGCUGAAGACAAAAUAAGUGUUCUCAAAGAGGAGGUUAUCCAACUUUCUUCCAAACAAACCAGUGAAAACUGGACGCACUUUCUCAGGAAUCUUAAAGACCAAGUGGAAUUAAGCCACAACGGUCGCAACAUCAGGAUCACACCAUCAGACAAGCAGGUUAUAUUGUGUGGAUUUUCUAGCGUAGUUGCAGAUGCUGCACGAAAAGUGAGAGGAAUCCUGGAGAACAAGGAACCGACAACUGAGGAUGUUCCUCUCAAAUCUGUGCAAGAGGUCAAGUUUGUUGAUUCUUGCAUGAACCUCUCUGCGCUCCCUCAAAUCAAGUGCCUUGAUGCUACCAUACUUGCAUGCAGAACAUCAAAUAACCCUGGUCUGAAGGUCACAGCAGCAAAAGACAAGAUUAAAGAGGUGGUGAGUGUUGUAAAGAAGCAGGUGUCAUCCAUUGUUGUGAAGAAGUACCAGUAUUGCAAAGCAGGAGAAGCAAAGGUUCUGGAGAAACAUGAAGGUAAUGUGAAGGCAAAAGCAAAGGAGUUCCAGUGCAAUGUGUAUUUAUCACAAGAGCAAGUGCGCAAAUCUGGUCUUCCAAAGAGUUUUGCUCACAAAAUAGACAAUUCAAUGACUCUAAGAAUCACACAGAGUAUCAUGCAUAAUUUCACUGCAGAUGCUUUGACUUGCCCAAUGAAUGCCCACCCAACAAGCACAUCUACAAGAGUCCCCUCACAAUCCCUGAAGCAUAAACAUGGAUCAGACAAAAGAGGUAUAUACACAGAUUUAGGUUUACUGGUGGCCAUUUUCUUGCAUAGAAUGCAGCUAAAGAUACAUAUAUUGCUGAUACGUGUCAAUACGGCUGAAAAAGAGACAGUGGAUGUCAUUGUGAACUCCAACAACACCAAUUUAAAUCUCGACACUGGUGUUUCUGGUGCCAUCUUGAAAGCUGCAGGAAAAAUAGUUGCUGAUGAAUGCGCAAAGCUAGGUCCUCUGAAAGCUGGUGGUGUAGUUAUGACAAGUGGUGGAGCACUUAAAUGUAAGAACAUCGCCCAAAUAGUUGGACCUCAUAAUGCUGCAGACAUCAUGUCUUCUCUUGAGAAGGUAUUGAAUCUCUGCGAGGGCAAAAAAUCCACAACACUGGCAAUUCCUGCUAUUGGAACCGAACGAGGUGGCAUUGGUGCAAAAGAAUCGAUCACAGCCAUCUUUACAGCAAUCGAGAAACACUUGACUGCGCAGAACUCAACCUGCCUCAAGGAGAUCACUAUAGUGGCAUUUGAAGAAAAGAUUAAUGACGUCUAUUGGGAAUAUUUCAGGGAGAGGAACAAGGCAUCCACUCAUGUCAAGCCUGCUUUCGGCAAAAUGCCUGAAAAUCAAGUCAAAACUGGAAGUGUCAGAAUUGAGUUGAAGAAAGGUGACAUCACCAGAGGAACUGUCCGAGGGAUUGUAAACACCAUCAACAGGGAGAUGAGCCUGAAAGGAGUGUGCAAGGUCAAAGGUCCACUGCCUCUACCAACCCGUGUGCCAAGCAAAACCCCACAGCCACCGCUCAUGUGCCUAGCAAUGGAAACAGCUGCUGUAUUGUUCCCCAUUAUGACCAUUGAAGUUUACGGGACGUCCUCUACUGACCUAGUCAAAGUCAAGAAAUUCCUGGAUGACCUGAUCUCUGACGAGUGCAUCAGUAAAGAUGUCCAGUCCAGUCACAUCAUCGACUUUCCUGAAACUGACAAAAAGAACAUUGUGACUCUCUGCCAAACCAAUCAAGUGAGUGUUCUGGUGGCUGGUUGGGAUAAGUUAACAGUAUCGGGGAAAAAGGACGAUGUCUUGGAUGCAGAGCUGAAGAUCAGGAACUUUAUUCAAGAAGCACGAGACCGAGAGAUCCGAGAAGGUGAAGUGAAGAGACUGAGACAGACUCUCUACUGGGAGGUGGCGAGAGGAGAAUGCUGGCAGUCGCUGAAGCCCAGCGUGAGUUAUGAAGUCGAGCUAGCCUUCCACAAGAAACUCCAGAGCUUUCAAUACCAGGAGAACGGAGAGAUGUACACAGUGGACCUCAGAGAGCUGAAGGUGAUGAACAGCAAGAGCGGGUCUUGCAGAAUCAAGAGAAGUCUUUAUGGAGAUUCUGAUACAGCGAUCAUUCAGAUGCCCCCAUCAUGGAGCAAAAUGGAUGGAAAGGAUUUAGAAAUAAUCAUGUUAAAAUCCGAUUCAGAGGAGUACAAGAAGACAGACUUCCUGAACUCCAGUAAACAUGCUGAUGUGUCACCUGUGCAGGUUCUACAGAUUGACAGGAUUCAAAGUCAAUCACAAUGGCACAGAUACUGCGUGUUGAAACAAGCGGUUGAUAAGAAAUAUCCCGAACAACCUAACGAGCGCCUCCUCUAUCAUGGAACUACCAAAGAGAUCUGCCAAAAAAUCAAUAAGAAUGGCUUCAACAGAAGUUUUUGUGGAAGAAAUGCUGUCAUGCACGGAGACGGCACAUACUUCGCUAAAGGUGCCUGGUACUCAUGUCAUGAUCAUUAUUCAAACCCAGAUGACAAAGGACAGAAGUACAUCUACAGAGCGAGAGUCGUGACGGGCUCACCGUGUAAAAGCAGGUGUAGCAUGAAGGAACCGGACCCGAUCAACCAUCAGGACCCUCAAGCUGGUCUACACGACUGUGCUGUGGAUAACUUACAGAACCCGUUCAUCUUUGUGGUGUUCUGUGAUGCAGGAGCGUAUCCAGAGUAUCUCAUCACCUUCAAGACCAUAUAAGUGUUCUGAUACCGUCAUAUCGGACGGUUCUGACUGAUACACUUUGAAGUUUAAAAACCGAUGGCCAGUGACGACUGCUGAACAGACAUUGUAUGAAUAUUACUAGAGAGAGUUUAGAUUGUAAUAAUUUAUCACAAUUAUAUUACCAUGAGAAAUAUAUGAACAAAUGUUUUAAGAUGAAUCACUUACUAGGUUAUAUAAUGGACUUGCACAUUUAGGUUUUAAUUCAGGCCACAUCUACUUAUCAACUUUCUUUUGAAAACGCAUUCAUUUUGCUACAUUUACACCUCUCAUCCAUAAUAUAGCGGCGUUUUACUCAACCAAAAACAGCACAUUUUCAAAACACUGCAUUACCACAUACUUUGGAAGACAAUUAGGUUAGAAAUCUAAAAACAGAGUUUUCAGAUGAAACCAGAUUAGUGUUGAUGUGGCCUCAGGUCAUAAGGCUAUGGAGAACGUUGCCAAAAGUCUUCAUAUUCUGUAGAGGAAAACACUGUUUCAGUGUGGACGAGAGGUGUAAAUAUAGCGGAAUCAUCACGUUUUCAAAAUUAAAAGGAUUAGUGUUGAUGUUCAUGUCACGUCGGAAUAACGAGAUGUUGUAGAUUCUACUUGGAGCUAUUCACCUCCUCAGACCUCGUAGGUUAUUCAGUCCUACUGCAACACUUAUAAUGCCAAAACAACUUUGUUGUUGAAAACAGCAAAAUAUUUAUCACUACAUUAAUUAAUUUACCCUUUAAACUCUGAGGGUGUUUUUAAAGAUUUCUUGUUCCAGAGGAAUACCCAAAAUUAAUGGCUUAUAACUCGACAAAAAACAAACAAAAACAAGGAGGGUGUUUGGUAUCAUUGUAAAGAAAACUUCGAAUUUUUAAUGACGUAUAUUAUGAUACAUUUUGAGAGUCUACUGAAAAAUAACAAAACACAAAAAUCACAAAAGCCAAAAUGUUUCUUUUUAUCUUAUCUUUCUUAUUUGACAUUAUGUAUCUUCAGGUGUAAUUAAGGUGGCGAAAAACUGCUUUUGUUUUGUUCCCAAUCAUGACAACUACAACUGAGAAAAUUUUUGUGUUGAUACGACAAAGCAAUCAAAAGUUAUAGCAUUACAAAUAUAAUUUAUCAUAGUGUCCAAAAGCCUCUCCAAACAAAUAAAACAUAAUAAUUGUACAUAAGAACUAAUCACACAUGCAAACACAACAAUGACUAAAGGUUUGUAUAGCAUGCAGACAUGAUUUUAGUAAUGAGAUUUCACAGAAUGAGUUUCAUUCUGUGUCAUUUGAGUCAUCAUUGAGUCUGUAUCAUGUAUUUGGCGCCAUCUCCUGGUGGUCAUAUGUAACAUUGUGCUUCAUGUGGAUUAUCUAAUGAUCUAUACAUCUGAUUAUCUUGUGUGUGGACUCGUUUGAAAGAUAAUCACCUCCUCUAAGUAAUGAUAUGUGAUAUUUUAUUUUUCCUUAAUUUAUAAGUGAAAAUGCGGUAUAUAAGCAACACCAACAUAAUUGUCAAAGACAUAUACUUAGCUAUUACUCACUAUAUUUUUGUCUGUGAGUACAACAAAUAGGUUGUAUUCUAUUCUUUGAGAGCUUUCCAACAACAUAUGACACAUGACUAUUUGAUAAAUUCAGUGCAAUUAGUUUUACAUAAAAAAAAAUAAAUAAAAAAAAACACUUUUGAUUUGUCUGCAAAUUUCAAAGCACUUGUUCAGUUUUGGUCAUAAUGUCUACAUGCAUUGGAAAGUAGAGCUUCUAAACUUUCAAACGAAACCUAUUUAGUGUUGCUCAAUGCAAUAUUUUGAUGAUUAUUUGUUUUUUUUCUCACGGGCCCGCCGGCAGGGCCCAUCUGAGCUUAAAGGGUUAAUUCACCUAUAUGUUCUUACAAAAGGUUUAAGAAUAAAAAAAUGCUCCAGGCAUCAAAAGCAUAAUAAAAUGUUAUUUUACACAGAAAAAUGUGUUCACUACCUUCAGCUGUAGAGGUCACUGCCGUAUUGGUUCUUUUAACAUGAUGUAAUUCCGAGUUCUACGAAGACGUGAACACUUUCUACAAGUUGGAAUCUCGUAAUUGCAGUAAUUUCGACAUGACAUUAAAAUACCAUGUGGACUGUGGAUGUGGCCUGAGCAUAUGACAUUUCAUUCAUGCCUUGAAUUCGCUUGCCUCUAUUUGUAUUUUCAUAACAAUAAAACAACACUUGAAAUAUCUGAAACUUCAGAAAGUAUCUUGCAGAGGAAAAGAUUUAUGGUUUCUGACAGAAGUGUUUGAUUUGAAAUCAUCCUUUAAUAGUACUAUAAUUAUUACAAAACCAGUAUUAUACAUGGAAUUGAGCACAAUAAUUACUUGUAGUUAGAAGUAAUUUUUCAGAAAUAACUGUUUCAAGUAAUAAACAAAUGUAAUGUAUUUUGAUGUAUUCUACAUUUAAACAUUAAUAAAAGCAUGAUCAAUUUCAGAAGGCAGUUCUAGACUAUUAUUAAUAAAACCAACAAUAAAAUAUAUCAAGAAAAAUCACUUGAACGGUUUUGAUUGAAAAACAUCUUUUAUUCUAUUGUUAAAUGGUAAAGUAACAUCUGCGUUUGGCUAGUAUAAAGUCUUUCUAUUGCUGAGGCUGCUUAUGAUGUUGUGCGGUCUGAACCGGUAUAUGAACACCAAAAACCUCUGAUGUUUUCAACUUCACAGCAUUGAUUAUUGUAUUAAAUAAACAGCAAUGGUCCUUGCAAUAAUAUCAGAUGCACGCUGUAGCUAAUGUCUCAACAUAAAGUGUUUCUCAAGCUCGCGUCCUCAUUGGAGUCGUGUGCACGCACAGUGCAACGAAUUCAGCUAGCCUGAUUUUAUUUACCCAUGCAGGGUGAGAGGGGUAAAGAAGGGGAUGAAAAUGUAAAUGAUCAUAACCCACCGUUAAGACUAACAGACAC